AUGGCGAACAAGUCGCACAGUGGAAGCGAUGAACCAAGGAAGCUAUCGUACGAACAGAUAAAAAAGAUUACAAAGGACUUCGAUGAUGAACUAAUACUAGGCCGUGGAGGAUUUGGAGUAGUUUACCAGGGUAUGCUUGACAAGGAAUGCGUUGCUGUGAAGGUAUUUCACGUGCAAGGAUUUGAUAACAGCAAAUUUCAGAAAGAGUUCGAGAACCUAAGGAGGCUCAAGCAUCAAAAUGUUGUGAAAUUAGUGGGCUUCUGCAAUGAAUCAGAAAUCGAAACUACAGAGUUCGAAGGAAAACAAGUUGGGGCACAAAGGAUGCAUACUGUGCUCUGCUUGGAAUAUGUACACAAUGGCAGCCUUGGGAAGCAUAUUCCUGACAGCGAAUCCACGGGACUUAAUUGGCGCACACGUUACAAAAUAAUAAAAGGGAUAUGCGAGGGCUUAAAAUAUCUUCAUGACGAACUGCGGAUCCAACAUUUGGACUUGAAACCAGACAAUAUAUUGCUAGAUAAGAAUAUGCUCUCAAAAAUUACAGAUUUUGGCUUAUCACGCCUCUUCGGCGAAGAGAACACAACAAAGACUAUGAGUUCUGUUGGUACACGCGGAUAUUGGCCUCCAGAGUACAUAGACCGUCGAUUAAUAUCAAAAGAGUUUGACAUAUUCAGUUUGGGCGUUAUCGCUGUAAAGAUAAUAGCUGGAAAUAAAUGCUACGAUCGUAUUGACGAGAUGACGACUCGGGAAUUUAUCGACGAUGUACAUGGUAAAUGGAGAAAAAGGCUAGGUGACACAUUUAGUCCCCGAUACCUUGAAGUAUAUUGCAAACAGGUGCAUAAAUGCAUCGAGAUAGCAUUAAAUUGUAUGGAGUGGAACCCACACGACAGACCUACUAUACAGGGUAUUAUUUCUGAUUUAAUCGAGACAGAAACAACAAUAGGUGUUCUCGGGCCCCAGAUUGAACAGUUCCGCGAAGAAGAACCCAUUCUUCCCAUGGAACACGUCCUGAAGAGGCCUUCUCCAGAACGGCAAAGGAAAGAAAUGGCUACUGACAUCAGCACAGGUAAAAACGAAGAAAGCAAAGUAACGGUUCUAAGUACACUACCAAAGAACCUACCGCUUGACUUCUUGAAGACUAUUACGGAUCAGUUCUCCAGUGCGCGAAUUGUUGGUACAGGUGCAUUUGGAACAACUUAUACGGGAAUUAUGCCAGAUGGAACAGUAAUUGCUGUGAAGAAACUUGCGGAAAAUACGCCGUUGUCACGAGACAAAGCAUUUAGUAAUGAGAUUCAGAAUAUUAUGGCUCUUCAUCAUGCCAAUAUAGUACAACUGGUUGGCUACUGCCAUGAAGGACAAAAGAAAGUGGUGGUGAACAAUGGAAGAUAUAUUGUUGCAGAUGUUGUUGAAUCCUUGCUCUGUUAUGAAUAUUUACCUAGGGGAAGCCUUGACAAGUAUCUUUUUGAUGAAUCCAGCAUACACAUCGACUGGAAUACACGCUUCAAAAUAAUUAAGGGGGUCUGCGAUGGUUUACAUUUUUUACAUGCCUGCAAUAUUAUCCAUAUGGAUCUUAAGCCAGAAAGUGUACUGUUAGAUGUUGACAUGGUUGCGAAAAUUUCGGAUUUCGCUCUCUCAAGGCUCUUCGGGCAAGAGCAAACACGGAUGAACACACUAAAUGUUGUGGGAUCAUAUGGAUACAUGGCCCCCGAAUAUGUAUACCGAGGUGAAAUCUCUAGCGAGACAGACAUAUACAGCUUAGGUCUUAUAAUUGCUGAGACCGUAACAAGAGAGAGAAACGACAGAACCGAUGUGUGUGCAAGGAGUUUUAUUCAGAAUGUACGUGAAAAAUGGACAUGUGAUCAUAUAGUAUCAGCUUACUCAUCUGUAGAUGGUUCUUCUCUUCAACAAAUUAAAGUAUGCAUUGAAAUUGGGUUGGAAUGUGUUGAGAUCGACCGGAAGAAGAGGCCUUCGAUAGACAAUAUCAUUAGUAGGCUAGAUGGUCGAUCCCGAUAUUAA